AUGCAGCAGAUCUUCAUGAUGCUUUUCCACACAGACAGAGAGACCUUCAAAUCUCAUCUCAGACCUCUCAGUGUUUUAGUGCUCCAUCUUCUCCUGACACACUCCUGUACAGGUCAGUCUCAGCUGAUUGGCUCAUCUCAGCCAAUAGUAGCAAUGCUUGGUGAUGACAUCAUCUUGCCAUGUCGUCUGGAACCUGCGGAAGACGCUGCUGUCAUGGUGCUGGAGUGGAUGAAAUAUGACCAGAACCCUUUAUCUGUCCAUUUGUGGGUUGGUGGUCAGGAAGUCUUAGAUACUAAACAUCCAUCCUACAAAGGAAGAACAUCUCUGUUCACUGAUGAACUGAAGAGAGGAAACAUUUGACUGAAACUCUCUGAUGUGAGACCUUCUGAUGCGGGAAGAUACAGAUGCUUCAUCCCAACAUUGAAUACAGAGUCUUUCAUUGAGCUUGUUGUUGGUGCUGUGUCCUCACCUGUCAUCAGUUUAGCAGGGAUCGACAGAGACAAGGGGGGAGUGGUGUUACAGUGUGAGUCUGCAGGCUGGCAUCCAGAGCCUGAGGUGUUGUGGCUGGACGGUGAGGGAAAGCUCCUCUCUGCUGGACCUACAGAGACAGUCAGAGGUCCUGAUGACCUCUAUACUGUCAGCAGCAGAGUGACUGUGGAGAAGAGACACAGCAACAGCUUCACCUGUAGAGUCCAACAGAGCAACAUCAACCAGACCACAGAGACACACAUCCAGGUUCCAGCUCUCCAGCUGUGUGAGUCCAGGCCUCAUUUGAAGUGUCUCAUGAAGAAUGAGGACUCUGAGAGACUAACUAAUGUGAGAGAGCAUGGGGAACACGACAACAUCCAGGAGGACAGCAGCUCUGCCAGUCAAGGACCAUGA